CAGAAAGUUUGGAUCUUGGACUAUCCUAUCUGCCAACAGAAAGUUUGGAUCUUGGACUAUCCUAUCUGCCAACAACCUCCUUGCACAGUUGUCAUUGUGCGGCUCUAGUCAUCCUGAGCUCUACAACUACCACUGUGGAAUGUGGCCUAACACAUACAUGAUUCAAUUUAUCACAAACUGUUGUCCAAAUAACAGCCUAAUUUUGGGAAAUUGCGUAGACUUACUGACUUGAACUAUCAUUCUACUUUUAGAAAUAGACAAAAAAAGCAAUUAGAACUCAAUCAGUAUAAUCAAUUGAAAAGUGCCUACAGAUAAAAGCUUGACGAUAAAUAGCUAGGGUGGUAUGACACUGUGUCAAUCAAGGAGAAAUGCCUUUUGCUUACUUCAUGAAAUUGACAAAAAAAAGGACUCAAAGAUAUAUCUCUAUGAAAAGAUAAGCUAUGAGUCUAUGAAAAUUAGGAAAUAUAUUUUUCUUUCAGUAUUAGAAGGACAAACAAAAGUUUCAAUAUAUCCCAAUCUUGUCAUAAUACAACAUUUCAGCAGUAUUAAGUUAAACGGAAGAGCCAAAGGAUAUAUAAUUGCAAAAUCAGGUUCCAAGGGUCAAAAUCAUUUGAAACUAAAAGGAAGAGAGAUAAUUGCAGAAACGGUGCAGAUCCUAACAACUAGUCUUCCCGGCCAAAAAUUGUGCCCUUUAAGGUUAAGCUGGACAGAAAAGCUCCAGGAGUUUAAUAUCAGAUAGCCAAAUUUCAUGAUUGGCAAACAUUUUGUAAGAUGUUUGAAACAUCAAGUUCGCAAUUCAUGCUUAUGUCAUGAAUUGUAACCACCUCAUGCGUUUAUAGUUUAUA